AUGACGAUGAACAGAACCAUAAGCCUCACCAUGCAACAAGCCGCCGCCGGCGGCGGCGACCUAACCCUAACCAUGGCCAACUGCCUCAUGCUUCUCUCCCAAGCAACCGCCGACCACCACAACCGCCAAUACGACGCCGUCGGCGUCAACUUCAACUCCACCACCACCACGUCCUCCUCCUCCGAGCCUUCCCGGGUCUUCGAGUGCAAGACAUGCAACCGCCAGUUCCCUUCCUUCCAGGCCCUCGGCGGCCACCGCGCCAGCCACAAGAAGCCCCGCCUCGCCGCCGCCGGAUCCCCCGGCGGCUCCUACGACGUCGCUUCGUCUUCACCUGCCAAGCCGAAGACCCACGAGUGCUCCAUCUGCGGGCUCGAAUUCUCCAUCGGCCAGGCCCUCGGCGGACACAUGAGGAGGCACCGGGGCUCACGCGCCGCCGCAGCCAGCGGAGGGUCGUCGUCGGAGAGCCACGAGAGUCCUGGGACUCCGCCGCCGAGGAAGAGGGCUAGGGUUUUGAUGAUGAUGGGUCUGGAUCUCAACUUGACGCCGUACGAGAAUGAUGCCAGGAUGUUCAAGCUUGGCAAGGCGGAAGCUAAUUCUUCUCCCAUGGUGGAUUGUUUUUAUUGA